UUGGCGAGGCCGUGGCUGAGGCAGCAGAAGGCCACCUCCGCCGCCCCCGCCCGAACUGCCGGCCCAGGAAGAUGCACCAUGGCAGCAGCGAUGGAAACUGAACAGCCGGGCGUCGAGGUCUUCGGCACCGCGGAGUGCGAGGAGAGCGGCGAGGCGGAGGCGGAGGAGCGGCCCGCCCUGGAGCCCUUCUACGUGGAGCGCUACUCCUGGAGCCAGCUGAAGAAGCUGCUCGCCGACACCAGGAAGUACCACGGCUACGUCAUGGCCAAGGCCCCGCACGACUUCACCUUCGUCAAGAAGAACGACCCGGACGGCCCCCAUUCGGACCGAGUCUAUUACCUCGCCAUGUCCGGGGAGAACCGGGAGAACACCCUGUUCUACUCGGAAAUCCCCAAGACCAUCAACAAAGCGGCUGUCCUGAUGCUCUCCUGGAAGCCACUCCUGGACCUCUUUCAGGCCACCCUGGACUACGGGAUGUAUUCCCGGGAGGAGGAAUUGUUAAGAGAGAGGAAACGCAUCGGCACCAUCGGCAUCGCUUCUUACGACUACCACCGGGACAGCGGGACCUUCCUUUUCCAGGCCGGGAGCGGAAUUUACCACGUGAAAGACGGAGGGUCCCAGGGAUUUACCCAACAGCCCUUGAGACCCAAUUUAGUGGAGACCAGUUGUCCCAACAUCCGGAUGGACCCGAAGCUCUGCUCUGCCGAUCCCAACUGGAUCGCGUUCAUCCACAGCAAUGACAUCUGGAUCUCCAACAUCGUAACGAGAGAGGAGAGGAGACUCACCUACGUGCACAACGAGCUGGCCAGCACGGAAGAGGAGCCCAGAUCCGCCGGCGUGGCCACCUUCGUCCUCCAAGAGGAGUUCGACCGCUAUUCCGGCUACUGGUGGUGUCCGAAGGCCGAGCCGACUCCCAGCGGAGGCAAGAUUCUGCGCAUCCUGUACGAGGAAAACGACGAGUCCGAGGUGGAGAUCAUUCACGUGACGUCGCCCAUGCUCGAAACCAGGAGGACGGAUUCGUUCCGAUACCCCAAGACGGGCACAGCAAAUCCUAAAGUCACCUUUAAGAUGUCCGAAAUAACAGUCGAUGCGGAAGGAAACAUCGUGGACGUGGAGGACAAGGAGCUCGUCCAGCCCUUCGAGGUCCUGUUCGAAGGAGUGGAAUACAUCGCCAGAGCCGGAUGGACUCCAGAGGGAAAAUACGCUUGGUCCAUCCUGCUAGAUCGUUCCCAAACCCGGCUCCAGAUCGCGUUAAUCUCCCCUGCAUUAUUUAUCCCAGUAGAAGACGACGCUAUGGAAAGACAGAAGCUCAUAGACUCCGUGCCCGACUCGGUGACGCCCCUGAUUAUUUAUGAAGAAACAACCGACAUUUGGAUAAAUAUCCACGACAUCUUCCACAUCUUCCCCCAGAGCCACCCAGACGAGGUCGAGUUCAUCUUCGCUUCCGAGUGCAAAACUGGGUUCCGACACCUGUACAAAGUCACGACGACGCUGAAGGAGAGCAGAUACAAGAGGUCCAGUGGAGGCCUCCCUGCUCCGAGUGAUUUCAAGUGCCCCAUCAAAGAGGAGGUGGCAAUCACCAGCGGAGAGUGGGAGGUGCUGGGCCGCCACGGCUCAAACAUCCGAGUCGACGAGGCGAAGAAGCUGGUGUACUUCGAAGGCACGAAAGAUUCCCCCUUGGAACACCAUCUGUACGUGGUCAGCUACGAAAACCCCGGCCAGGUGACGCGGCUGACAGAGAGGGGCUUCUCUCACGCCUGCUGCAUCAGUCAGGACUGUGACCUGUUCAUAAGUAAAUACAGUAACCAGAAGAACCCCCACUGUGUGUCCCUCUACAAGCUCUCAGGUUCUGAAGACGACCCGGUUCCCCGAACGAAGGAGUUCUGGGCCACGAUUUUAGAUUCGGCAGGUCCUCUUCCGGAUUACACCCCGCCGGAAAUCUUCUCCUUCGAAAGCACCACGGGGUUCACCCUGUACGGGAUGAUGUACAGGCCUCACGACCUGCAGCCCGGGAAGAAGUACCCCACCGUGCUGUUCAUCUACGGGGGGCCGCAGGUGCAGCUGGUGAAUAACCGAUUUAAAGGCGUCAAGUAUUUCCGCCUGAACACCCUGGCGUCUCUGGGCUACGUCGUGGUGGUGAUUGACAACCGAGGGUCCUGUCACCGGGGACUGAAGUUUGAAGGGGCUUUCAAGUAUAAAAUGGGCCAGAUCGAGAUCGAAGACCAGGUGGAAGGCCUCCAGUACCUGGCGUCUCGGUACGAUUUCAUCGACCUGGAGCGCGUCGGCAUCCACGGCUGGUCCUACGGCGGGUACUUGUCUCUGAUGGCGUUACUGCAGAGGUCAGAUAUCUUCAGGGUGGCGAUUGCCGGCGCGCCAGUCACGCUGUGGAUUUUCUACGACACGGGCUACACGGAGCGCUACAUGGGCCACCCGGACCAGAACGAGCAGGGCUACUACCUAGGCUCCGUGGCCAUGCAGGCCGAGAAGUUCCCUUCCGAGCCCAACCGUUUACUGCUGUUGCACGGCUUCCUGGACGAGAACGUCCACUUUGCACACACCAGUAUAUUACUGAGUUUUUUAGUGAGGGCCGGGAAGCCCUAUGACUUGCAGAUCUACCCUCAGGAGAGACACAGCAUCCGAGUGCCCGAAUCCGGAGAACAUUACGAACUGCACCUUUUGCACUACCUUCAGGAAAACCUGGGCUCCCAUAUCGCCGCUCUGAAAGUCAUGUGACGGUGACCUCGAGGACCCCGCCGGGCCCCCUCUGGGACAUUCCAGAGCGUCCCGUCCCGCGCCCCCUCCCCCCGCCCCCCACUUCCCCAUCCCACUCAACUCCCUUCCCCCCCGGGACCGCCCAGCACAGACCGGCCAAGACCCCAGUUCUCCGGGAACGCCGCCGGGCGGGGAGAAUUCCCAGGAGACGAUAGAGCACGGGUUCACCCCACUCACCCACCCCCAGCCUCCUCUCACUUUUUCAAAGCGAUAAUAAGCCUCGUGGGAGGGGUCUUUUUACGGCGCCUUUCUGAAUUUGUUACAAUCAAGUCGCUGAAUGAUGGGUUCACUACAAUCCAACAACCUCUCUGGCUAGAUAUGGAUUUAGACCACAGUUAAAUGUAAUUUAAUAGCUUACGCUUCAUUACUUGGGAUGCAUCCAGCAUGUUACGAACUAAUCACUAUUAAACAUAUGACUUAAUCGGUCUUUAAUGAUUUUUAAAAAAAAGCACCAAACUCCUCGAGGCCUCCCACGGACUCUCUCUUGGGUCGAUCGAGAACUCUGACCAGCUUCUCGGUGAGCUCCCUCAGUGUAACUGAUACGAACACUAUUCGUUUUUCUUGGGUAAUGAUCUGAGUGGAUUUUAAGCAGUCGCUCUCACCUGAAAGAAAAUACAAUAACAGUCUAUGUAGCAUGGAUUUAAUUAGUCUUACGGUGUUGCUAAUUGCCGGCGGAUUGAUUUUUUUUUUUAAAAACGGAAAGAUUAGAGCUUAAAAUUUUGCAGUCUUUACUCCCCACUGCCUCCAACUUCUAUUUAGGGAAAAAAAAAAAGACUGACCCUCUCUCGGGAACUUGAGGGAGCCUCUUGACUCUGUUUCCCUCUACUGCCUUCCCACUUUGCUGUGUCUUGGAAUUUGUUUCCGGGUGGAAGGAGGGGGCAGUUAAUGAUGUUUUCCAGUUCUAGCUGGUUAAUAAAGAUGUGUGAGUAUCCUGUACCUGAGCAUGGAAAGGGUUUGGGAAAUGAGGUUUUAUUUUAAUCUUCCGGAGUGGUAGUGUAAAAAUAGGGAACUGGGAUCACCGCUUAAAGCCAGUGAAAGUCUCAAUGUCCAUAAGGGGAGAGAUCCUGUGGGAGCAGCGUUUUCCCUGAAUUUUAAUGAUUAAAAAAGAUUUUCAGAAACCUGACAUCCCGACUCCCUUCCUUGUUGGAAAAUGGUCAGCUGAGCACGAGAAGCCAACUCUCUGGAAUUCAGAGCCCGACAGCCUCAAACAACCCCGGCUCCCCGCUCAGAAGGUGAGGGGCUGUACAGCUCCAAAACUCAGGCCAGGAAUCGCUCAGCGUUCCAGGGAUCGGUGCCCCCCACCUUGAAUUCCCCUGGCUGGAUGGAGGCGCGGGGACCUCGAGAGCGAGCGUCGUCUCCGGAGAGCCCCUCUUCCUCCUCCUCCUCCUCCUCUUCCGCGCUCCUCUCUCCGCGACGAGGGGCCGGUUCGAGCUUCGGAGCCAGCAUCCGGCGAGGGCAACGCGAGCCGAGUUCCUCGUCAGCAAGCGAGAGUGGAGUCCCUGGCAGUUGGGCCCGCAGCUGGCUUUGACGGGAAUAUCCUGCAUCGGGGCCAGGAGGUGGCAGAGGGGAGAGGAAAAGGUCCGGCGUUGCUCUAGUGGCGACCGAACACUUGGAAAUAGGGUUGGAUUUUUUGAGUCUUUGCAUAUUUGUACUGUAUUAUGCAUAUAUCUCUAUUGUGUGGACAUGUAUACAUUUACAUAUGGAUGGUAUUCUCCCUU